GUUGUUCUCUUGCCUCAGCCUGGCCCCCUACAAGGUUGCUGGGGGAGGGACCCAAUGCUGGUCACCCGAAGGCCUCCCUGGCUCCCAGUACCUUCCAUCCCAGCUGUCCUGGGCCCCCCACCGCUGCCUCCCCCGCCCUCCGCUCUGCCCACUCCCAUGGAAGGCCACGGCUCCCUGUCCCUCUGUGCUGCCAUGAGGCCUGCACUUUGCAGGGUGAAGUCCAAAGUUCAGUCCCUUCGCUAAGCACAUGGAUAAAUAUGAACCUUGGAGAAUUUCCCCAGCUCCAAUGUAAACAGAGCGGGCAGGGGCCCUGAUUCACUGGCCACUGGGGCCAGGGUUGGGGGUUGGGGGUGCCCACAGGGCUUGGCUAGUGGGGUUUGGGGGGGCAGCGGGCGCAAGGAGCCUGGUUUGGGCCUGCCUGCUGGCCGGCCAGCACGGAGCCAGCCCACGCCGGGGGGGCGGGAGGCGGCCGGCUCAGUGGCCCUGGGUCGCGUGGCCCGCGCUAGUGGAGCCAUGGUUUCUAAACUGAGCCAGCUGCAGACGGAGCUCCUGGCGGCCUUGCUCGAGUCAGGCCUGAGCAAAGAGGCGCUGAUCCAGGCGUUGGGUGAGCCGGGGCCCUACCUGCUGGCCGGAGACGGUCCCCCGGACAAGGGGGAGUCCUGUGGUGGCGGCGGUCGAGGGGAGCUGGCCGAGUUGCCCAAUGGGCUGGGGGAGACGAGGGGCUCCGAGGACGAGACGGACGACGAGGGGGAAGACUUCACGCCGCCCAUUCUCAGAGAGCUGGAGAACCUCAGCCCCGAGGAGGCAGCCCACCAGAAAGCCGUGGUGGAGACCCUGCUGCAGGAGGACCCAUGGCGUGUGGCUAAGAUGGUCAAGUCCUACCUGCAGCAGCACAACAUCCCGCAGCGGGAGGUGGUCGACACCACCGGCCUCAACCAAUCUCACCUGUCCCAGCACCUCAACAAGGGCACCCCCAUGAAGACACAGAAGCGAGCCGCCCUGUACACCUGGUAUGUCCGCAAGCAGCGAGAGGUGGCCCAGCAGUUCACCCACGCAGGGCAGGGUGGGCUGAUUGAAGAGCCCACGGGCGAUGAGCUACCAACCAAGAAGGGUCGGAGAAACCGUUUCAAAUGGGGCCCAGCAUCCCAGCAGAUCCUGUUCCAGGCCUAUGAGAGGCAGAAGAACCCCAGCAAGGAGGAGCGGGAGGCGCUGGUGGAGGAGUGUAACAGGGCGGAGUGCAUCCAGAGGGGGGUGUCACCCUCACAGGCGCAGGGGCUGGGCUCCAACCUCGUCACAGAGGUGCGCGUCUACAACUGGUUUGCCAAUCGGCGCAAGGAAGAAGCCUUUCGGCACAAGCUGGCUAUGGACACGUACAGCGGGCCGCCACCAGGGCCAGGCCCAGGCCCUGCGCUGCCUGCCCACGGCUCCCCUGGCCUGCCCCCACCGGCCCUCUCCCCUGGUAAGGUCCACGGAGUGCGCUAUGGACAGCCUGCAACCAGUGAGGGGGCGGAAGUGCCCUCAAGCAGUGGUGGUCCCUUGGUGACAGUGUCUGCACCCCUGCAUCAAGUGUCCCCCACGGGUCUGGAGCCCAGUCACAGUCUGCUGAGCACAGAAGCCAAAUUGGUCUCGGCCACUGGGGGCCCCCUGCCCCCUGUCAGCACCCUGACAGCACUGCACAGCUUGGAGCAGACAUCCCCGGGCCUCAACCAGCAGCCCCAGAACCUCAUCAUGGCCUCGCUUCCCGGGGUCAUGGCCAUAGGGCCUGGUGAGCCUGCCUCCCUGGGCCCCACGUUUACCAACACGGGCGCCUCCACCCUGGUCAUUGGCCUGGCCUCCACGCAGGCACAGAGCGUGCCGGUCAUCAACAGCAUGGGCAGCAGCCUGACUACCCUGCAGCCCGUCCAGUUCUCGCAGCCUCUGCACCCUUCCUACCAGCAGCCGCUCAUGCCCUCCGUGCAGAGCCACGUGGCCCAGAGCCCCUUCAUGGCCACCAUGGCCCAGCUGCAGAGCCCCCAUGCCCUCUACAGCCACAAGCCCGAGGUGGCCCAGUACACCCACACGGGCCUGCUUCCGCAGACCAUGCUCAUCACCGACACCACCAACCUGAGCGCCCUGGCCAGCCUCACGCCCACCAAGCAGGUAAGGCCCAGGCCUGCCCCGGCCCCUCUGGGUCCUGCCCCAGCGCACACCCUGGGGGCUCAAGAGCUGCCCUUCUGCCAGGUCUUCACCUCAGACGCUGAGGCCUCCAGUGAGUCCGGGCUUCACACACCAGCGUCCCAGGCUGCCACCAUCCACAUCCCCAGCCAGGACCCUGCUGGCAUCCAGCACCUGCAGCCCACCCAUCGGCUCAGCGCCAGCCCCACUGUGUCCUCCAGCAGCCUGGUGUUGUACCAGAGCUCCGACUCCACCAACGGCCAUAGCCACCUGCUGCCAUCCAACCACAGCGUCAUUGAGACCUUCAUCUCCACGCAGAUGGCCUCUUCCUCCCAGUAA